AUGAUAGCAAGAGUUGCAGAAAAUUGGUUUUUGCCAGAUAUUAAAGUUGGAAAUGCUCUAGCAGAGCCUUCAGGAACCUGCAAGCGAAUGCCAUCGGCAGAUGUAAAACUGCAAUCCGCAACCUUUGCUAGUAGUCUCCCUGCCUGUGCCGAAAUUGGAGCUUUGGAACAGGGAAAUACUGCCCUGCACAUCGCUGCGAGAGAAGGCCAUCCUGAGCUGGUUGAAUGGUUUCUUCAAAAUGUGAAAGGCCUCUCUGGAGUUCGCAAUGCUGAUCUCAAUAAACCGCUCCACGAAGCUGCUAAGCGGGGAAAUCAGAAGAUAAUUCGUACUCUUCUCCGCUACAACAAUUGCGCAGCAGCUAAACGCAAUCAGUUUGGAGAGUCAGCUCUGUUAAUAGCUUCAGAGCACGGUCAUGUGGACGCAGUGAGGGUUUUGGUGGAAGCCACGCCGUCCUGA